GCUGACGUCAGAUCGAGGGGAAGAAGAACAGGAUGGGCAGAAAAGGAGGAGGAGGAGGGGUAGACAGGUAAAGGUGAGUUGCUUCGUCGCACCUACGACUCAGGGAAGCGUAUCGAAAUUUUGUUGACUCCUUUCUUUCUCCACUUUCAGCCGACUGCGCCAGAAAUUAGAACAUGGUCAAAGAAGAGAAGGAGACAACCAACCGGCCGGACAACACUGCCUUCACUCAGCAGAGGCUUCCGGCAUGGCAGCCCAUGCUCUCUGCUGGGAUCGUUAUCCCGGGGUUUGUAGUCAUUGGCCUGGCUUUCAUCGGCAUCGGUGUCGCUCUUUUUGUCACUUCUCAGAGCAUCCAGGUGAAGGAGCUCGACUACACUGGGGUUGAGCAGAAUUCGCCAUGCUUCAAAUGCACUAAUCUAUCCACACGGAACUGUGAAUGCAACCUGGACUUCUCCCUUGACAAGCUCUUUGAGGGCCCUGUGUUCUUUUAUUAUGGUUUGACCAACUACUUCCAGAACUACAGAAGCUACGGGGCGUCCAAAGAUGACAACCAGCUGUAUGGAGACCUGACUUACUUUGAAAGUCCCAGUAAUAGCUGCGCCCCCUAUAUCUAUGACAACAACAAACCAAUUGUGCCAUGUGGAUCCAUAGCAAACAGCAUGUUCAAUGACACAUUCAAGCUGUAUCAGAUUGUCAAUGGGGCGCAGAAGGAGGUGCCCUUAGAUGGAAAGGGGAUUGCUUGGUGGACAGACUACAACGUCAAAUACAGGAACCCCAAUAUCACUCCUCUGAGGAACGCCUUCAAUGGUACUACGAAACCCGUAUUUUGGCCAAGGCCUGCUUACGAGUUGGACACCUCGGAUCCUAAUAACAACGGCUUCAUUAAUCAAGACUUCCUGGUGUGGAUGAGGAGGGCAGCCCUGCCAAACUUCAGAAAGCUGUAUCGACGAAUCACAGAGGGGGAUUACGAAGCGGGUCUCCCAGCUGGAAACUACACGCUCAGAAUUUCCUACAACUAUCCUGUCCUGAGCUUUGACGGGAGAAAGAAGGUGGUGCUCAGCAACGUGUCAUGGAUGGGUGGGAAGAAUGACUUCCUGGGCAUUGCCUACCUUGUGAUCGGGUCGCUGUGUGUUUUCAUGUCUAUAGUCAUGCUGAUUGUCUACGCCAAAUUCAAGUUCCCUGAGGAGGAGUGAAGUUCUGAUCUAGACAGCGAUUAAGUGGGGGUUUAGCAACGCUUUUCCUCAAAGGGCAUGGUCAACAUUAAUACAAUCACACAUGUUAUUAUCCACAUGAAGAUCGUCUCCUAAGGUGCAGAAGAAGGUGUUACUGUUGUUAUGCAGGAAUUGAUGCCAGAGUUGUCCUAUUUUUUGUAGUAUAAGAGUCGGCUUUGUGGACCUUAAGGCAUCUAGGAAACUAGGCUAUGUGUGUGAAAACAUUUUUGCAAGUUUCUUCGUGUUCAGGUCAGUUACGCUAAUAUUACAGCCAUACAUUUUUUGAAAAACCAUUUAAAAAGGUCACGUUUGAUGUGUGUGGUGACUUGUAAUGUAAAUUUGUGAAUAUACUACUUAACUCAGGGACAUGGUGUACAGGCAAUCAAUCGAAAGCUGUUUUGUUUUAGCUUUUAAGAUGGUUUUAACUAUGACUGCUCUUUGGAAGUCAUGUUUUAUUUUAUGCUUAUAUUUAUUUAAUAAAACAACAGCUAAAGUGUCGUCUCACCGUAGUCCUUGUCUUAUCAGGAUGUCUGCUAUUACUGUCUCAGUUUGAAAAGCUGUUAAACCUACUCAAACUAUAAUAUUUGCACAUGCUUUGGUGGGUCUGCCUUCUCAAAUAAUUUUAUUGCUUAUCGUUAUGUAUUUUACCUUUUAAUACAAAUGUGUAACGACUAUUCAUUUUCCUUUUGAAUAAACAUAAUUUAUGAGAUA